UCCGUUCCUGUAUAAAUUAGGUGGGAUAAGCCCGUUUGACCUAGAAGAUAAAUUUUCGGCCGGACAUAUUUUAGUGGGCGGGUGGCGCCAAACCUUGAAAAUGCUUUCCCGCUUGCAAAGCUAUUUGGUGUUUUCAAGUUUAAAUAAAGAGAGCCAAGUGAAUAAGACACAGUGGAGAGAGUUACAGACCAAGUUGCUUCUUCCAAGUCCCUUCUCUUUCCUCUCUCUAUAUCUAUAUUUAUCGGAUUGCUACAUUUUCUUAAAAAAUCUGUGAUUGUUUUGCCUUAUUUCUUGAAUUUGGAGCUGUUGUCUGAUCUGGAUUAAUCUUUCACUGCAAAAAUGGGAUCUGCAACUCUCUUAGAUACGACGGCUCCUAAAGGAGGAGUGAAGAAGAACAAAAGCAAAGUGACUGAAAAAGCAGCAGCAAAGAAUCGAAAAGGAAGGAAGAGAAAUGCGUCUGAUAGCUGUGAGGAGUCUGCUAGCUCUCACAAAAUGCCAAAACGUGCUGCUGCCUGUAUGGAUUUCAAGGAGAAAUCUGUUCGUAUAUCUAAAAAGUCUUCAGUUAUUGAAACAAAGAAGGACCAGUUGAUAGAUGAGGAGGCUGUAGCUGUAGGGAUGACUGCUGGUCAAGACGAUGGUAGGCCAUGUAGAAGACUCACAGAUUUCAUCUUUCACGAUUCAAGUGGUCUCCCACAACCCUUUGAAAUGCUGGAAGUUGAUGAUGUUUUUAUCUCUGGUCUCAUAUUGCCUCUUGAUGAAAAUGCUGACAAAGAAAAACAAAAUGGUUUUAGAUGUGAAGGCUUUGGGAGGAUAGAAGAAUGGGCAAUCUCCGGUUAUGAAGAUGGAUCUCCAGUGAUUUGGGUGUCAACUGAUAUUGCUGAUUAUGAUUGUGUCAAGCCCUCAGGAAGCUAUAAGAAGUUUUAUGAUCACUUCUUUGCAAAGGCUUAUGCCUGCAUUGAGGUAUACAAGAAACUUUCAAAAUCUUCUGGAGGGAAUCCUGACUUGAAUCUUGAUGAGUUGCUUGCUGGGGUUGUCCGUGCAAUGAGUGGAAACAAGUGCUUCUCAGGUGGAAUGUCUAUCAAGGAUUUUGUUAUUUCUCAGGGUGAGUUCAUCUAUAACCAACUAAUAGGAUUGGAUGAGACAUCCAAGAAGAAUGAUCAGCAAUUUGUAGAAUUGCCCGUUCUUUCUGCCCUUAGAGAUGAGAGUACGAAGCGUGUGGAUUUUGCACAGGCAAAAACAGCAUCUUCAGGUGGAAGUUUGACAAUUGGUCCAAAAAUCGGUGAUGGAGCAAAAAAAAUGAACCAAUCUGGUUCAUCAACUUAUGCAAUGGAGGAAGAUGAAGAUGUAAAAUUGGCGAGAUUGUUGCAGGAGGAGGAGAACUGGCGUUCAAUGAAGCAAAAGAAAAAUCAGGGUUUAGCCUCUUUGUCAAACAAAUUCUACAUAAAGAUUAAUGAAGAUGAGAUUGCAAAUGACUAUCCUCUGCCUGCAUAUUACAAGACAUCCAAUCAGGAAACAGAUGAGUAUAUAGUAUUUGACAGCGAUAGUGAUAUAUGUAAUACUGAUGAACUGCCACGAAGCAUGCUUCACAAUUGGUCUCUAUAUGACUCAGACUUGAGGCUGAUUUCCUUGGAGCUUCUUCCAAUGAAGCAGUGUGCUGAAAUUGAUGUUACCAUAUUUGGCUCGGGGGUUAUGACUGCUGAUGAUGGAACGGGUUUCUGUCUUGACAACGAUUCUGGCCAGUCUUCAUCAAGUGGUUCAGGAACACCUGACGUGGACGGGAUUCCAAUUUACUUGAGCCCAAUAAAGGAAUGGGUGAUUGAGUUUGGAUCCUCAAUGGUUUUCAUAUCAAUCCGAACUGAUAUGGCUUGGUAUAGGCUUGGCAAGCCAUCAAAGCAAUACACUCCAUGGUAUGAACCAGUUCUAAAAACAGCGAGGCUUGCAAUUAGCAUCAUUACAUUGUUGAAGGAGCAGAGCAGAGUAUCACGCCUUUCUUUUUCAGAUAUUGUCAAGAAAGUGUCUGAAUUUGAAAAGCGUUUUCCUGCUUACAUUUCAUCUGAUCCAGCAUCUGUGGAGAGAUACGUUGUUGUUCAUGGGCAAAUAAUAUUGCAACAGUUUUCAGAAUUUCCUGAUGAAAUGAUUAAGAAAAGUGCCUUUGUGAUUGGUCUUACAAAAAAAAUGGAAGAGAGGCACCAUACCAAAUGGCUAGUGAAGAAGAGGAAGGUUGUGGAGAGGAAUGAAACAAACUUAAAUCCUAGAGCAGGAAUAGCACCUGUGGUAUCGAAGAGGAAGGCUAUGCAGGCAACAACAACAAAGCUUAUCAACAGAAUCUGGGGGGAGUACUAUUCAAAUUACUCUCCGGAGGAUUCAAAAAAUGGAGCUAGUUGUGAAGUGAAAGAAGAAGAAGAAGAAGAAGAAGUUGAAGAUCAAGAAGACAUUGAGGAGGGGGAUGCAGAGGAGAAAUUAUUAGUUCCCGAGAAAAUCCAUACACCUCCUUCAGCAUCCAGACGAAUUAAAUCAUGCUCAACGAGAAAAGAAAUUAGAUGGGAUGGGGAGUCUGUGGGCAAAAGAUCUUCUGGUGAGGCUCUUUACAGAAGAGCUGUUGUCCGUGGAGAUGUGAUUGCUGUGGGGGAUGCUGUUUUUGUAGAAGUUGUUGAAUCAGAAGAACUUCACAGCAUAUAUUUUGUGGAAUGCAUGUUUGAAACGUUGGAUGAAUGCAAAAUGUUUCAUGGAAGAAUGAUGCAACGAGGAUCCCAGACUGUUCUUGGAAACACAGCCAAUGAGAGGGAGGUUUUUUUGACAAAUGAAUGCAUGGAAUUUGAAUUGGAGGAUGUUAAAGAAAAGAUUGUUAUGAAUAUAAAAUCGAUCCCUUGGGGACAUCAGUACAGGAAAGAUAAUGAGAAGGCUGAUAAAAUUGAUAAAGCAAGAGCAGAAGAGAGGAAGAAAAAAGGAUUACCAAUUGAAUAUUACUGUAAAAGCUUGUAUUGGCCUGAGAGAGGUGCUUUCUUCAGCCUUCCCUUUGAUGCUAUGGGUCUUGGAUCUGGUAUGUGCCACUCUUGCAAAUUGAAGAAAGCUGAGAGUGAAAAGGAACUUUUUAGUGUGAAUGCACGGAAGACCAGUUUUAUAUACAAGGGAACUGAGUAUUCCAUUCAUGAUUUUGUCUAUGUGAGUGCCCAUCACUUCGCCGCAGAAAGGAUGGAGAAUGGAACCUUUAAGGGUGGGAGAAAUGUGGGAUUAAAGGCUUAUAUUGUAUGUCAAUUGCUUGAAAUUGUUGUUCCCAAGACACCGAAACAAGCUGAAACAAAUUCUACCCAGGUUAAAGUGAGAAGGUUUUACAGACCAGAGGACAUUUCGGUUGAGAAGGCAUACUGUUCUGAUAUUCGAGAGGUGUAUUAUAGCGAAGAAACACACGAUGUGUCUGUUGAGACAAUAGAAGGGAGAUGCGAAGUCAGAAAGAAGCAUGAUCUUCCAUCAUAUGAUGUCUCUGCAAUCUUUGAACAUAUUUUCUUUUGUGAAUAUCUAUAUGAUCCUUCUAAGGGAUCCCUCAAGCAGAUGCCAUCUCACGUCAAAUUAAGGUACUCAACUGGGAAGGUAAAUGAUGAUGCCACAUCUAGAAAGAAAAAAGGAAAGUGUAAAGAAGGGGAAAAUGAUUUAGUUGAGAAACCAAAAGAAUCAUUUGAGAACCGCUUGGCAACUUUAGAUAUUUUUGCUGGUUGUGGUGGUUUGUCAGAGGGAUUGGAGCAGUCUGGUGUCACAACUACCAAGUGGGCAAUUGAAUAUGAAGAGGCUGCUGGAGAUGCAUUUAAACUUAAUCACCCAGAUUCAUUGAUGUUUAUUAAUAAUUGCAAUGUGAUUCUAAGGGCUGUCAUGGGGAAGUGUGGGGAUGCAGAUGACUGUAUUUCAACUGCAGAGGCUGCUGAAUUAGCUGCAGCACUAGGUGAGAUGGAGGUCAAUAAUUUACCUCUGCCAGGACAAGUGGAUUUUAUCAAUGGGGGGCCUCCAUGCCAGGGUUUCUCAGGAAUGAACAGGUUUAACCAAAGCUCCUGGAGUAAAGUUCAGUGUGAGAUGAUUUUGGCAUUCUUAUCCUUUGCUGAUUACUUUAGGCCAAAGUUCUUCCUCCUUGAGAAUGUGAGGAAUUUUGUGUCUUUCAACAAAGGACAGACAUUCCGUUUAACUCUAGCUUCUCUUCUUGAGAUGGGUUAUCAGGUGAGGUUUGGUAUCCUUGAAGCUGGAGCAUUUGGAGUUUCUCAGUCUAGGAAGAGAGCGUUUAUAUGGGCAGCAUCUCCGGAAGAGACUCUCCCAGAGUGGCCAGAGCCCAUGCAUGUCUUUGCUGCGCCAGAGUUGAAAAUCACAUUAUCAGGAAAUUUGCAGUAUGCAGCUGUACGAAGUACUUCAACUGGAGCCCCAUUUCGUUCGAUAACUGUUAGAGAUACAAUAGGAGAUCUACCUGCUGUUGGCAAUGGGGCGUCUAAGACUAACUUAGAGUAUCAAGGUGAUGCUGUCUCUUGGUUUCAAAAGAAAAUUCGGGGGAACAUGAUGGUCUUGUCUGACCAUAUAUCAAAAGAAAUGAAUGAGCUUAAUCUCAUUCGGUGUCAGAGAAUUCCAAAGCGUGCAGGUGCAGAUUGGCAUGACCUUCCAGAAGAGAAGGUUAAAUUGUCUACUGGGCAAGUGGUUGACUUGAUACCAUGGUGCCUACCAAAUACAGCCAAGAGGCACAAUCAGUGGAAGGGGCUAUUUGGAAGGCUGGAUUGGGAGGGGAAUUUCCCAACUUCCAUUACGGACCCCCAACCAAUGGGUAAGGUGGGCAUGUGCUUUCACCCCGAGCAGAACAGGAUUCUUACAGUUCGAGAAUGUGCCCGUUCUCAAGGAUUCCCGGAUAGCUAUAAAUUUGCUGGUAACAUUCUGCACAAGCACAGGCAGAUUGGAAAUGCUGUCCCUCCUCCUCUGGCAUUUGCACUGGGGAGGAAACUCAAGGAAGCAGUAGAGAGUAAGAUGUCAAAGUAGUUUUCCACUAUGUCGCAAGUGAAUGAUCCUUAGAGGAAGAAGUUUUUUACGGCUGCAUAUAAUGCUUCAUUAAGUUAUUCAGUUUUUGGGUAAAGUAUGUGAGAACCACAAUUUCUGUGGUUUGGUGGUGCAUUUGGGAUGAUACGUCAAAAUAUUAUUGUCGAAAUGUAAUAUAUUGUUUACACGUAAAUUUAGCUAUAUCAUUCACC